UUUCUAGCUUGACAGAGAAAGUAGAGAUGAACAAGGACAAUCACUCCAUGACAAAUGAGUUUAUCCUCAUAGGAUUUAAGGAUCACCCAGAUCUGAAGACCUUUCUGUUUGUGGUAUUCUUUGCUAUUUAUCCGAUUACCAUGGUGGGAAAUCUUGGUUUGGUGGUGUUGACUUUCAUGGAGAUCCGUCUCCACACACCCAUGUAUAUCUUUCUUGGCUACCUGGCUCUGAUGGAUUCCUGCUGUUCCUGUGCCAUUACCCCCAAGAUGUUAGAGAACUUCUUUUCUAAGGACAGAAUGAUUUCUCUCUAUGAAUGCAUGGCACAAUUUUAUUUUCUCUGCCUCGCUGAACCUGCAGACUGCUUUCUCCUGGCAGCAGUGGCCUAUGAUCGCUAUGUGGCAAUAUGUAGUCCACUGCACUACCACACCCUGAUGUCGAAACAACACUGCAUUCAGAUGACCAUAGCUGGGAACGUGCAUUCCCUUAUUCAUAUAGUACUUCUGUUAAGGCUAACCUUUUGUGGCUCUCAUCAUAUCAAUCACUUUUUUUGUGAUGUUCUUCCAUUGUACAGACUCUCCUGUGUUGACCCAUAUAUCAAUGAACUGAUGAUACCAAUCUUUGCAGGGUUUGUUCAAAUCUUUACUAUUACCGUAGUCCUAAUCUCUUAUCUUUGCAUACUUUUCACAAUUUUCAAAAUGAAAUCCAAAGAGGGAAGGGGCAAAGCUAUAUCUACUUGUGCAUCUCACUUUCUCUCUGUCUCAAUAUUCUAUGGUUCUCUUCUUUUCAUGUACAUUCGGCCAAGUUCAGUUAAAGAAGGGGAUAAAGAUAUACCAGUUGCUAUUUUUUAUACUUUAGUAAUUCCUUUAUUAAACCCUUUUAUCUAUAGUAUAAGAAAUAACGAAGUAAUAAACAUUAUGAAAAGAAUUAUGAAGAAGGGAAAACCUCAAAACAUUCUGAAACAAAUAUCCCCUGUGACAAAUUGAUU